AUGGAUAACCCCGUUAACAGAUUUUCAGAGGAUGACGCUUGGAGACUUUACCAUCCUCAUGACGAUGCACUGGUGGUGAGCUUGCAAAAAAGGGAUUAUAAAAUGCAUCGGGUCCUCGUCGACAACGGCAGCUCAAUAGACAUCAUGUACUAUCCAGCAUUCCAGCAAAUGAGAAUUGACAGGGAACGGUUGACCCCAACGAAUGCCCCACUCAUGGGAUUUGGGGGAUCGAAGGUGUUCCCUUUGGGCGCAAUAACACUAGCUGUGACGGCAAGUGACUAUCCUCAGCAAAUCACUAAGGAGGUAACUUUUCUCAUAGUUGAUUGCUCGUCUGCCUACAAUGCUAUCCUCAGGCGACCUACUCUCAAUUCCUGGAAGGCAGUGACUUCAACAUACCACCUGAUGAUUAAAUUCCCGACGGAGUAUGGGGUGGGAGAACUGCGGGAAAAUCAAAUAGUAGCACGGGAAUGUUAUAUUGCCAUGUUAGAAAUGGAGGAUCAACAGCAAACAAUGUGUAUCGGAAAGCAACGAGCAUUAGUAGAGCCGGUUGAAGAGCUGGAAGAGGUGAGACUUAAUGACACACAGCCUGAACGGAUGACUAAAAUUGGCACACUAGCUAGUUGGCCCGUGCGCCAAACGAUCACGACUUUCCUCAGAGAUAACCAAGACAUGUUCGCCUGGAGUCAUGAAGACAUGCCAGGAAUCGACCCCUCAGUCAUGGUCCAUAAGUUAAAUGUGUCACCCUCAUUCCCUCAAAUCCGGCAAAAGAAACGAGUCUUCGCCCAAGAGCGGGACAAGGCCAUAGCCGAGGAAGUUCGAAAGUUACUCGAGGCAGGUUUCAUUCGGGAAGUAUAUUACCCCGACUGGUUGGCAAACGUCUUCAUGGUUAAAAGGCCAAUAGAAACUGGAGGAUGUGCGUGGACUUCACGGACCUCAACAAGCUAUAACCAGAUCAGGAUGGACGAAUCUGAUCAAGAGAAGACCUCCUUCGUUACAAGCCAGAGAUUAUUCUGCUACAAGGUUUAUGUUGACGACAUGUUGGUAAAAAGCCUGCGUGAAGUUGAUCAUCUAGACGACCUCAGGGAGACAUUUGACACACUCCGAUCAUUCAACAUGAAGCUGAAUCCAAACAAGUGCGCGUUCGGAGUGACAGAUGCGAAAUUCUUGGGCUUCAUGAUGUCCUAA